AUGGCCGCCACUCAGGAGUUGGCCGAGCGUCCCAAGACGGAGGAUAAGGUUUACGUCGACACCGACGCCGGCGCCGACGAACCCUCGACCCAGGGCACCGAGUCCUCCCCCUUCAAGUCCCUCGCCGCCGCUUAUAUCGCCAACAACGAGUCCGUCGCCUCGCGCCAGUUCCUCACCCGCGCCUCCAAGACGGGCGAUGACGAAGCCGCCCGCCUCGAGUGGAAGGAGCCCGCCAAGAGCGCCGUGAAAAAGGCCCAGUCCGCCCUCGACGCCCACCGCAAGAAGCUGGUCAAGCAGGCCCAGAUCGAGGCCAAGGAGGAGGAGCAGAAGAAGGCUCGCCACCAGGCCCUCGAGGCCGCCAAGCAGAUCGUCAUCAAGGAGGACGAGUCGCUUCCCGCCGCGAAGCGUAUCACCAUUGCCGACAAGACCGUCGUGCUGGGCGAGGCCGACAAGAAGGGCGACCGCGUCAAGAUUGCCGGCCGCAUCCACCGGCUGCGCGCCCAGAAGCAGGCCACCUUCAUCACCCUCGUUGACGGCUACGGUCACCUCCAAUGCGUGCUCCAGGCCGGCGACCUCACAAAGACGUACGAUGCCCUCACCUUUGCACAGGGAACCUCCCUGUGGGUCUACGGCGAGCUGAAGAAGGUCCCCGAGGGUCAGACGGCACCCGAUAACCGUGAACUCCAUGUCGACUACUACAAGGUCAUUGGCACCUCGCCGACGGACGAGGAUGCCAUCACCAACAAGGUCUCGCUGCUGCAGAACCAGUGGGACUCCCAGAUGCUGGACAACCGCCACCUGGUCCUCCGCGGCGACAACGCGUCCGCCAUCAUGAAGAUCCGCGCCGCCGUCGAGUGGGCCUUCACCAAGACGUACAAGGACCUCAAGAUCACAAAGGUCUCUCCCCCGGCCCUCGUGCAGACCCAGGUCGAGGGCGGCUCCACGCUCUUCUCCGUCCCCUACUACGACGAGGCUGCCUACCUUACCCAGUCCUCCCAACUAUACCUCGAGACCGUUCUCCCCAGCUUGGGCAGCGUGUACUGUAUCGAAAAGUCCUUCCGUGCCGAGCGCAGCUUGACGCGCAGACAUUUGUCCGAGUACACUCACGUCGAGGCGGAGCUCGACUUUAUCGAGUUCCCCGACCUGCUUGCGCAUCUCGAGGAGGUUAUGUGCCGCGUCAUCGACAACGUCCUCGCCGACGAGGAGAUCGCCGCCUACGUCAAGGAGCUCAACCCCGACUUCAAGAAACCCGUCCGCCCCUUUUUGCGCAUGAAGUACACCGACGCCAUUGACUGGCUCAACGCCCAAGACCCCCCAAUCCUCAACGAGGACGGCGAGACCCACAAGUUUGGCGAUGACAUUGCUGAGGCUGCCGAGCGCAGGAUGACCGACAUCAUCAACAAGCCCAUCUUCCUCACCCACUUCCCCACCGAGAUCAAGGCCUUCUACAUGAAGAAGGACCCCAACGAUCCGCGUGUCACCGAGAGUGUCGAUUGCCUGAUGCCUGGCGUCGGAGAAAUUGUCGGUGGAUCGAUGAGAAUGGAGGGCUACGACGAGCUCCUUGCUGCCUACGACAGAGAGGGAAUCCCGUCAAAGGAUUACUACUGGUACACUGACCAAAGAAAGUACGGCACGUCCCCCCACGGCGGCUACGGUCUCGGCCUCGAGCGUUUCUUGGCCUGGUUGGCCAACCAGCACACCGUUCGUACGACAUGCUUGUAUCCCCGCUACAUGGGACGCUGCAAGCCUUAG